CGAUUAAAUAUGGCGGUCAGUGAUGCAUGUUCAAUGAGAAAGGAUGAUGACGAUCAUCGUUUUCUCUCCGUGCCUCCAUACGUUACUAUGGAAGCGAUGAACUGACGAUGAAAUGCUUUGCUUUUUUUCCCAAAAGACGGAAACGAAAGGAAGUAAUAAGCUGAGCUCAUGCAGAAUGAGCUGAGUUCGAGGUUGAGGACAUUCAAUGAUAAUUCCAAGACAAAUUUUAUGUUAUUAUGAUGAGUAAGGUAAUCUUUUCCCUGUAGAUAUAGUAAUCUUAGAUUCAAGGUUAAUUUCACUGAGAGCAUGCAAGGCUCUGUAGAUGUGUCAAUGGUUUUUAACUUCGAGCACACUUUUUAGUAAGAAAGAAGCCAAAUUAUCGAUCACGAAAAUGACGUGCACAAACAACGAGGUUUUUUCCAUCAUCACACUCUUAAGUUUCAUCUCUCUUGAAGGACUAUUUCUUUUCUUUUAAGGGUAGGUCUGAAAAUUUUAAAGUUUUUGAAAAUCCUAGAAGGUCACAGCUGUGUGCUUUCGCAUGAUGUUUAAACAGCUGUAUCGUAAGGUUAUUGUCUGAGAACUUCACCCACUCAUUUCAUGACAACACGAGCCAUUGUUCAUAUUUUAUAACAGUACGCAUAUAAAAUUUUCUUUUGCUUUUAUGUAUGGUGGUUACUCGAAAAGGCUACUCGUAUAGAGCUGCUGCGUUUCCGUAUCUCAUCUCUUUAACUUCGCUGAUUUAAGGUAUUCUAUAAAUCUAACUUUUCAUUGGUUCAACGGUCAUUGGCUCAUGACCUUGCUGUAUUACUGUUGUUACAAAAUUAAUUACCUCAGUGUACUUGCUGUUCCUUUAGUGGUUUUCAAAUUGAUUCCACGCGAUAGUGAAGAACAAAAGCACAAGUCAAGGUUGACUGUAUCCCAAUUUACAUGGUGGUCGACUAUACCAGACUUUUCCUUGACAUUUUUUUUCCUAUCAGAUGGCAUUCUUAAAGCUGUUUAUUCUUCUGGCCUUGCCAUAUACCUGUGUAUCAAAGAGAGGAUUGAGGUAUACCAACACUUGGGCAGUAAAGAUUGAUGGAGAUAUUACCACUGUAAAGAAUAUUGCUCAAAGGAAUGGAUUUAAUUAUAAAAUGAAGGUAUUUUUUUACAGUCCUAAAACUGCAGGGUGAUAUGAUUUACACAUCAGGGCUCAGUUGUUCAAAGCACUAACCCAAGGUUAAAUUUUAAUCUGCAUUUAUGUAUUCCUUUGUUCAAAAGUCUUUUUGGAAUGAUUUCUUUAUUCUUUUCAGAGAAUCCAAUAAUCAAAUUGUAGAUGAAAAGAUUCAUACUAAACUUUCUUUUACAGCUCUUAGAUCCAAUAGCAGAUUUCACACUAACCCCAGGUUAUCUUAGCCAGGCUUUGAACAACACGACUAGAAAAAUUACUAAAAAGUCAAAUAGUAAAUUUAAAAAAAAAUUGAAACAGUGAUUGUAAUUAUUACAAUUAAUACCAUUGACUUGGUUCUCUGAUAUACUGUCCUCCUUUUUUUGCCUGAUUUCCAGCUUUAUUCCAAUUACCAUCUUUUUGAGCACAAGGAUCUUCCAAAGGUUUCCUCACAUCCAAAUCACAUUCACACAGAUGUUCUGAGCCAAGAACCAAUGGUAGGCAUAUUAAUUUUUACUUUUUCCAGAAUUUUCGGCUGCAUGUCUUAAAAUUAGAUGCUACAGAGAAAAAUGUUAUUUGUGCUUCAAGUUCAAAGGGCAAAUUGAACAUAAUCAGAAAACAAUAUGUGUAGCACUCUGUUCAUGAAGACAAAAUAAAAAAAACCAUGUUAGGAAAGAAAUGGCCUGGUGGAAUUAGACAUGAAGUCAGUUUUAUUAAAUGAUAACGAUAAUGUUCACGGUAUUAGUAGUAUAAAAAUAAUGAUAUACAAUUCUAAUGAUAAUCUUAACACUUGAACUCCCAGAUCAAAUUUUUACUUCUCCUCAUUGUCAGCCAUAGAAUUCUUAUAAUGUUAGUUCAGAGAAUUUAGUAUUGGAUCAAGUAAUUAUCCCCAAAUUGACAUUUUCUUUAUUCUCAUUACUCAUCUGGUUGAUAUUGUAUUGGUAUUGUAAAGAGAAGUUCUGUCUUGGUCACUCAUGGGAAUUAAAGAGUUAAUUUUAUUGUUAAUAAUGAUAACUGUGUAUUGUGUUUGAAGCUGAAGGUAGUCAGUGUUCUGACACAUUGAUUAAUAACACCACAAUUGUAACAGUAAAAGAAAAGGAAAAGAGUUAAAGAAGUUGUGAAGGUCAAUAAACUUAUGUAUCAAUGUGUCCGAGAGUUUGAUAUCCAUUAUACAAUGACUCCUUAAGAAGUAUGCUAUAAGUUGUAAUCACCAUUCUAGUUUGAAACAUUAUUUUUGAUUCCAAGUUUCAUGUCUCUUUAACCAUAAUGAAAAAUUACAUCGGUGGUUAAAAAAUUAAGAAAUAUUAAUUUUGUAAUUAAUCACUGUGUCCAAAUGUCCAUUCUUACUUGAUUGCAUCUCAUGGCGGGGUGUAGGUGAAGUGGUUUGCCCAACAAAUAAGGCAGAAAAAGGCUCUUUAUGAUCAAGCAAUGUCUUUGUCCUUUAAUGAUCCAAGGUGGAGGGACCAGAUGUGGUAUCUGGUGAGUAUAAAGCGAUAAGAACUUCACAUACCAUUACAAAUUUAUUCAUAUCUAUUUUGUUACUUUGAGGGAUAACAGCUAUUUGUUAAGAAAUGUUCUAUUGACUUUACUAUUUUUCAUUUUUCAAAAUUUAGAUACCUGUGGUGCUUUUUGUCUUUUACUGGCCGCAAAAAAAAAAAGCAUUUGGUUUUGAACUUAUCACUGGAUUGCUAAAACGUUAAUGUAUAUAGUACUUUAAUAACAAUUAAUAAGUAAUGCUUCUUAUAAAAAAUAUUAGUAUCAUGACAAUUAUUAUUGUUUUAAACAACUCACAAUUUUAACAGAAUCCUCCUGAUGGGAGAGGAAUGAAUCUUGACAAAGUGUGGCAACAGGGCGUAACUGGAAAAGGGAUUGUUGUUGCAGUUGUUGAUGAUGGCCUACAACAGUCUCAUCCUGACCUUAAAGAUAAUUUUGUAAGUCUUGGUUUUCUUGAUGGAAGAAUGUCUUUUGUUUGAUGUGCAUUGGAUAGCUUUUUCUAAGAUAACUGUUAUGACAAAAAGUGCUGUACUAUAUAUGGGAUUAGCUUGUUUCAGGUUACAAAAUAUGUAUUGUUACUGAAGUACUUUUCUUCAGAUUAUGGUAGGAAUAUUAUUUAAUUGUUUGUUCUUAAGAAAAAAAAAAAAAAAAAACAAAAAAAACUUCCAGACAGGGUUUAUGUAAUUUUCAGCUUUUGGUUGAUGUUUUACUUGAAGUCAAGUUUUACAGUGUUAUUUUGCCUUUAUUAUCAUAAUGGUCUUUGUUGUUAAACAUUUGCAUGAUGUUUACACAUUUAAUAUAAUAAUUAAUAAUUUCAUUAUUCACAAUCUUUUUUCAGGAUCCUUUAGCAAGUUUAGAUCUGGUUGAUUUUGAUAAAACACCUGAUCCAGAGGGAAAAUUUUCAGGGUAUGGUUGGUUUUGAUGAACUUAAGUUUGUCAUUUUGUCAGAGGUUUGGGAAAGGUGUUUAUUUAAGUGAAGUGCUGAUCAGAAAUAUUCUCUCAUAGGCAUGGUAACCGCUGUGCUGGAGUGAUUGCAGCUUCUGCUAACAAUACUGAAUGUGGUGUAGGAGUUGCCUUUGACGUCAGCCUUGGAGGUAGCUAUGUAAUUAAUUAUUUAAUUGUUAACCCUUUAAAUCCCAGAUGUGACUAACAUGUACCUUCUCCCUAUGAUAUAUAUACGUUUUCUAGCGAACGGUUAAUGAGAAUACUAAAACUUAUCGAGAAGAAGUUUUUAUCUUGAUCUUAGCCAAAUUCUCACCACUAAUUUACAAGGAAUUGUGUAGCAGCAAGAGGAGAGAAUUAACAAUCAGAUCUUGGGAGUUAGAGGGUUAAAGCACGCAGAGCAAUGUUCAAUUGAGUGUCAAGAGUAAUCCGGGAUUGUAUGGAUUUUGCUUUACUUCGCUCUGUGAUUGGUCCAGAAAACUUACGCCACUCUCCCAAUCAAUCGGAUGGAAAAAUAAAACUAAACCAAUCGCGACUUGGUCGCCCGCGUUUCCCCGCACUUUAGAUAGUCUGGUUGUUUUUACUCUGAGUUCUCGUGGGCUCUAAAGAGUAUUUUUCUUUUCCUGAUUUGCCGUUGUAAUCAAGUUUGGUUUUUACGGCUCUCAAUCAAAAAGCACUUCAAUCUUGUGUUUUUGCAACGUAACGUAUCUACUGAGUUGAUGUAUUUUUACGUGCAGCGACUCGAGGUGAAUUCAUAGUUGCUUUAACAAAUAUUUCAGUCGAUGUAUUUUCACAUCUUUGCAGGUAUUCGUAUUUUUGGAGAAGACGACGAUGAUCCAACAGAUUCCAUGGAAGCACUAGCUUUAGGAUACAAGCGGGACUACAUAGAUAUCUAUUCAUGCAGUUGGGGUCCAGAAGAUACCGGGUGGGACAUGGAGGGCCCUGGCGAACUUGCAAGAGGCCAACUGGAGGAAGGGACCAAAAUAGUGAGUAUCUGAGGGAUCUCCCUCAGUCUCUCCAAGAAACGAAGUCGAAGGAUGCUCCACUGACCUUUAGUUAAUUCCGCGAAAAAGUAUUUUUCUAGUGGCUAAUAGCUUGUCGCAAUAUUACAUUUGCGUUCCACUGCAGCCCUGCGAGUCACUAUCACUUGAUCUUUUAAAUCACGGUUAACAGUGCACUUUUCAUUCAUCAUUUAUAUCAUAGCUUCGUAUUUUGAGGGCGUUUCAUCGUUCAUAAUAAGCUUUUUUUAAACAGUUUACUAUUAAUAUAUUUUUAUUGCUAUGUACAUUUAAAAUUUUUAUAAAAUAUACUAGUGUCUUGUCACUCCUUAUGGCUAGGGUCGACAUGGCAAGGGAUCAAUCUUUGUCUUUGCUGCUGGAAAUGGAGGACGAGAGUAUGAUAGCUGUGCUUACAAUGGAUAUGCCAACAGUAUAUUUACAAUAACAAUAUCUGGAGUCAGUAGGAAUGGAAGUAUCCCUGGAUAUGCAGAGAGGUGCUCCGCUGUGAUGGCUACCACUUACAGCCAGGAUGAUGCGGAAGGAGUUGACUCAAUUGUAAGCAUGUCUGUCUUUUAGUUAGUUAGUUGGUUAUGGCCAGUUGAUUCUCAGCCUAACUUGGGUCACGAGAUUAGUCACACAGGGGACCUCGAUGAAUGGAUGUUCCUAUAUGUCUUCCUGACACUGUUUACAGUGUUGAGAUGAAACGUUUGGCUAAAUUGAAGUUGGUUGAGAGUAUGGUUUUGUUGAAAAGCAGCUUUACUUUAAGCAGGUCUUCGCUCUCAGAUCACACGUAAAAUUAAAACGGGUGUGUUGGUUUUUAAGAGAGGGAGAGAAGAACUGAGAGAGCUGGAGAACCAGGGGAUUAACUCUCUGAGUAAAUUCCAGGAAUCAAACGUUACUAUAGGAACAGGCGGUCUGCCAUGCCUGCUCUCUUAUCAUGCUGUCUGCCUCUCUCUCUCCCCGCCACACAUUCGCACACACUGGACAGAUUUAGAGCAACCACUCUUGCAGCAAAAAUGAACGGAAAAAUGUUCGUCUGAUUCUGCCAACUUUUGUUCUUAAUGUGAGAUAAAACCGACAGAAAAGUGUAAAAAAAUCAUAGUUUCUACAACCGGCACAGUGGUUGGACAUGGAGUUUACGGCAAACGUUAAAAGGAACAAUUGCUUUUUUGGCUCGUGACUUCGGCCUCUUCUGCCAAUAACCGAAAAUAUUUGCAUCAGACAAUGACGAAAGGUUUUUUGCUCUUGCUUACAGGGGUCAAUUCUAGAAUUCUAAGAAAAGUAACUGAAAUUACUAUCCAUCUUUGCCGUUUAUCGUAGCUGUAAAAAGUUAUGCUUAAACUCGUUAUUCUCUCUCCUACGUGGUUUUCCUUCAGAUUACUUCAGAUCUUAACGGCACCUGCGCAUCAACAUUUGCAGCCACCUCUGCAGCGACUGCAAUGGCUUCUGGGAUCAUAGCGUUAGCGAUGGAAGUCAAGUGAGUAGAUAGAACCGACUGACAAGCAUUCCGUAAGUACCUUACUCUUCCUUAUUAUGGCGAUUUCUCAGCUUCAAUUCCUCCAUGCUUUCAUGCUCCCAAAGCUUGGAUUUGCGAGUGUAAAUCAUGUCGUUCCUCGCCUUUCUUACAUGCCUUUACGGUGUGCGUGACGACUAUUCCUUCCAACUCUCGCUCUUUGCCCACCCACGCCCUCCCCCUCCCAAUCUUUUGGUUUCGAUCUCACGCACGACGAUGUAAUGGCGGUGAAUAGUCUCGUGCCCAGACUUUCCACGGCCAAGCGGUUACAUAUUUCGGUUGCAGCUGCACGUUAGGAUCUGGCUACAAGAUUAGGCGGUGAAUUAUUUACGACGACAGUGAAUGAUACCUGAUGACGGUAAAUGAUGUGUAAUGACUGUGAAUGGACUGUAAAGUCGGUUACAGCUAGUCACGAAAAAUUGCAGUUUUCUUUAAGAGGCCAUUAAUCAAUUUCAAAUGUAUGACUUUAGAAUCGUUUGCCUCUCGUUAUUUUUACUUCAAUGCGAAAGCCAGCGACAGUUACCUAUUAAACUGAAAACUUCGUUGAGAUCGCACCAUCCAGAGCUCUCAGAAAGCUCGAUCAAGGGAAAGUUAAAAAAAACUAGUUAAAUUUGCCAUAUGAGUAGGCGUGAAAGGAUGAAGAACAUUCGUUUGCCGCUGGUUUUGUUUUGUUUGCUUAUUUUUCUUCAUGUUGAACAGGUGUAUCCUCAUUGAUUGAAAAGGUUUGGAGAAGUUUGCGUCUUAAUGUAAUUUUCCGUAGAAUUGCGAAAUGUGAAGGGGCCACAGUCACGUCUUUUCAAAACCAAUGUCUCAAUUAUUGUUAAUUGAAAGGGUUUGUUCUUCUAAAUGGCAUUGUACCCGCACUUUAUUGAUACAGUCAAGGUCACGUAACGACAAAAAUUAAUUUCAAGGUCUGAAUUUGGCGGCCUUCGUCUAAGCCGAGAAAAACAGGAAAAAAGUUGCAGCAAUUUUUGUCAAGUUUAAUCCUUGCCAACUUUGCUAGUCCCACCCUCCUUUUGGCUUUCCUCUAAUUAAACGAAAUCCUACCUUAAUGGAAGUCGACUGCGAGAUGUUUAAUGCAUUCAAUACCCACUUGGUCGGGGGGGGGGAAUGGUGAUUAUAACACAAAAUCGCCGCAGAAAAAGGCUCAUUUUUCAUCACAACGCCUAAUGCGCCAUAUAGUUUGAAAAUCUAGAUAAUGUAAGCAACACAAAAAUUCACGAUAAAGUAAAUAACAGAGCGCUGUCUAAUUUUGGUUCGGAAGUCGUAUCAAUGUCUUGGUACGUCGCAGAGGAAGAUCUUUUGCCAUUAUUAGUCGUAAGUAACUCUCACAAUCAGAAUACAGACAUGUGGCGCACAAGGUUCAUAGAAAAAGCGCACAAAAGACGUCUUUACUCAUGAAGGAAACUUUUGGCUUGGCCAAGCAACAUAGCGUUAAAUUUGCAGACACGGCUAUAAUUCUUGCAGGUGAAUUUGAAGUCAUACAUCCGGCCUAUUUCUUGGUUCUUACUUCUUCCGCUUUCCGUCUUUUAAAUAUAGGGAUAGAACUACAUAACAGUGAUAAACAUUUUUUUUCUUUUCGUUAGAACGUUCAAUUUUUCAGUUGUGGCUGUAUGUUCUUCUUUCAUUUUCAAUUUUUAGCCCCCAAAGUUCUUAAAUAUGUUCUUCUGUUUUUCUAAAUAAUAUUGACUGUUUUUGAUGUUGUUUUUGUAGCACUUAUACAUUUUGAAUAGUACGAAAUUCGACUUUAACCUCAUUCGAACUUCAAUUUGCAGCUUUUGAAUAAAUAUCCACGUCAUUGAGAUUAGAAGAAAAAGUCCCUCAAAAUAAACGCAAGAUCGGAUAUUUCUGUGUUUUUAGCUCGAUAAAAAUGCCGGAUAGAGAUAGGCCAUCCACUUUUGGUGUACUUCUGCAGAUGGAAUUCUUUUUUCAGUUUAUUUUGAACCAAUGGCCCCACAGUAGGUUCUCACAAACAAAACAGAAUUAAAAAACUGAAGCUCGCUGAUGUUAGCCUGGAGAAAGCCAUCUGUUUAAGGCUAUAUAGCUAGUUAGAGGUAUUUUAUAAAUUAUAUAAAUGGGCAGAAAGCUGAUAUAAAUUGUUUGAUAUUGGAAAGGAAUGAGCCAACUUAUUGCUUCCACGGUAAGCCAUGCAGCUGUCAGUAUUUUGCAAAUAUCCUCAAAUAGCGUGACCCCAGUCCCUUAUCGUUUCGUAAAUAAAAUGAUUUGAGACUUGUUGGACCCUCAGGUAAUGCUGCUAAAAAACAAAACUGUAAUCACGUUUAAGAUGUUGAAUUAUGCUUUUUGUAGUCUCAAGGGGAAAACUUUUAAAUUCUAAUGUGGGGGCGGAUGAUCUCGAAUGAAAUAUCCUGCUAGCAUGAUUGGAAAUUUCGAGUUCAUAGAAAAUGAAUUUUUUAAUAAAAAUCCUGUUGAAAAAAAAUUUCGGCUGAUACGUUAUCACUCCUAAUUUCAUGGUGAUAUGACUUCAAGGUGAUAUGACCCGGAGACUAUCUCUGAAUUAUUUUCAUUCAAAAGAGGAUGAACUCUCGAUGUAAAUAAUCAGUAGAAAAGAAUAUGUUAACCGUUACCAGGUGUUUUGAAAGUCAUAAGUUGAUUUAAUUUUAUGAAAUUUUUACGCAAUUCCUUCCAGUUUAUUCUGACCCGAACCCUUUGAAGCAUGCUGGAUUGAUUAUCGCGGUUACAAUAUCUUUCUCAGCUUGGUUUAAGUCAAAUUUAGUUAGUUACGAUUACAGUCGAAGUCAGUGUUUUGAAUGAAACAUUGUUCGUAAUUAGCUUUUUGCGAAAUGUUAUUCAUUUGGUGUUUUGUUUUUUCACUCAAGCCCCUGAUGUAAAAAGUCCUCGGCAAUAUCUCCACCCCACCCACCUUCCCAAAUUAAAACCCCAACUGCUAAAACGUUGCCUGAAAAUCUGAAAGUUCGUGGAAGAAUAACGGGUUUUUACCGAACUUUCCAUCGUCACGCUUAAAUCCAAAACGCCAAUUUUGUGCUGUGCCUUUAAACUUGUCUCCAUAGUAUAACUUUAUUUAGUGUCAGUUCUGUAAAAAUGGUUUAUUUGAGUUCCGGAUGCCCUUUGAAGUACUGCAGAAAAAUGUCGUCGUAUGUUUGCCAGUUUAAAUUGACAUGUAAAAGAAGUAAUUACCACGAAGAAAAAGCUAAUUAAGAACAUUUCUAAGACUUGAAUUUUGGCGCAAAACGCCGCCGUUUUUUGGUGUACAUAGAUAAAUUUAUACAAGAGUCCAAACUUACGAAAUAAUUAUAAACAAAGAUAACUGACGGAAUACAAAAUAUUCAAAUGGUCCAAACGCUUGACUUUUAGUAUAUACCAGACAGGUGAAUAUCACACACACACGGUUUUUUCGCGCGCUGAUUGGCCGGUUCGUAAGCGAUUAGCAAUUACUAUUUACCCUCAAGCAGACGAAAAGACAACACCGUGCGUCAAGAAUUUAAUUCCUGACCAAUUUUUUGGUAUGUUGUCAUAACUGAACCAAUCUUUUGGUUUCUGUGUGGUACGUAUUUGAUCUCAGUCGUUGAAAGUGAUCAAGGUGACCUCGCCACUUCGCAACUAGGUACAUGUUCACCGCUAUCCACCUACACUUCUGUGAAUAAUUGUCAAUUAUUAGUAUGGCAGCGUGAUGCUUCCAAUUUCUCAGUCUGCGUCUUGAAUUGUAAAUUCUUAGGCGCCAAGAUGUCUGAGCGCGGAGCUGAUGUUUCCAAUUGGAAAGGAAUUGUGGUUUUAGGUGUCUCUCCAUUUCAGAGUAGCCCAUAAAUUGGAAAAUAUUUCUAAUACAUGAUUUAUGAUGUUGGCAGUAUAAGAGGAAAUGUGGCUCCAAGGCCCUUUCCAUUCUUUAUCAUAAAGUUAAAAAGAUAACAAGAAACAUUCAUUAUGCAGCUGUUAAGUGUUAGAUGACAGCAAGUUAUUGAUACCCAACGGCAAACAGCGGAAAUAAUUGGUGAUUUGACCAAUAUUAACUCCUGUCAAUCAACAAAUGAUCCGCUUUUGACUUGUACUUCCCCGUCGUUGCGGAUGUUUAAGGGAGAUCAUAAGAUCAAGAUUUUCGGCGAGAGUUUUUAAGUGCGAUCUUAACAUUUAACGACUCAGAGAGAGGAGAUAGGUUUCCACUUUUGAUAUAAGUUAAUCUUUUUCCUCGAAAGAUUUGAUAAUCAAUACAUUAAUAACUCUGAGCUGACAUAAGUUGAGAACCACCGAAAAAAACAUCUAUGGCGAACAUCACUGCCGAAGAUGAAGCUAACACAGUCAAGACAGAAAUCUUGCAUUACAUAAGCAGUGCUCCAGGUGGCGUAUCUAUUUUUCUCGCAGCUUUAAACAUAGUUCUCGCCAUCGUCGCAACUCUGGGAAAUUUUCUUCUCCUGAUUGCACUGCGUAAAGUCAUGUCAAUUUAUCCUCCAACAAAACUUUUUUUCCGAAGUUUGGCAGUGACUGAUCUCUUCGCUGGUCUUAUCGUGCAACCAAUGUACUCAAUUACUCUUAUACCAGGGAUAAGCCACAAGAAUCUUAUGUACUACAGCAUCCAAGUAACUGGCAUCUCUGGCUCAAUUCUUUGCACCGUUUCGAUUUUGACUUCAACCGCAAUCAGUGUGGACAGGCUUCUGGCGCUGCUUUUGGGGCUGAGAUACAAACAGGUUGUAACACUGAAGCGCACACGAGCGGUGGUGGGCUGUAUUUGGUUACUGAGCUGUUCAAUGGGUGGAUGGAGGUACAGUAAUUGGGGCGCUGAAGUUUCCAAAUUCACGUUGUUUGUUUUGAUGCUUCUGUCCCUAAUAAUUUCCAUCUGCUCUUACACGAAGAUCUAUCUCUACCUACAAAAUCAACAAGCUCAGUUACACGCAAAAAAACACCGUGAGAUCCAUCAAGAGCCAACAUCAAACGGAGGAGAAGGUCGACUGAAUAUAGAAAGAUAUAAGAAGUUGGUUUCUAGUAUAGCAUGGGUACAGUUGGCUUUACUUCUGUGUUUUAUUCCCUUUACUGUUGGGAGUAUGCUAUUCACACACAGAAAACUAACUGGUGUGGCCACUGGAAUAGCGCAUUUUUGUGUAUCAAUCCCAUAUGUGCUGUUUAACCCAGCUCUGAACCCGAUUCUUUACUGCUGGAAGAUCAGAGAAGUCAAACAAGCCAUGAAGGAGACUGUCAGAAAAUUAAACUGCUAUUUCAAGUCAAGCUGGUCCUUUUUUCCGUCGAACAUCACUAAUACCACCCGAGCUUAACUUAAAUUCUGACUGUGCAUGGCGUCUUUGAAACACAUCUAGCACCAUAAGGUGACACUGUGGAUCCAGUUUUGACAUUGAAAAUCGAAUUUCGAAUUUAAUAUUCUAAAGCCAUCCGGAAACAAAGUAGAUUAGAGGAAAUUCAAAACCAUUCCGGUAUAAUGCUGUACAAAAUUGACCAGGGACAAAACUUUAAAGAAUAAACUGGAAUUCAAAAUUUGUAGAUACAAAUAAGUUUAAAUUUUUAGAAAUUAAAUACGUAAAUAUUAAAAUAUGUAAACCGUGAGAUUGAUAUUGAUGUUGAAUAUUAUGUUUAAUUUCAUGUAAAAAUUUGAUGUGGAAACAGAAUGUUUGAACGAUGACAUGAAUUUUUCAGGCCAAAAGUUAUAAGCUGAAUAUCUCCGCGACAACAUAAAGUGCGCGGUAAUAACAUGUUACAGAGCAGAUGCAGCUGUCUACCUGUAUAUUUAUUUUCAAGUCUUUUUCAGUUAUUCAGAAUAAGCUCAAACGCAUGGGCGUAUCGUUGACCGGCAAUGUUUUCUGGUUUAAAAAAAUCUUGAGGAUACUUGUCAAGGAUACGCAACAUUUUCGGGAAGAAUUCUCGUGCGCUGCACCAUUAUUUAGUGUUGCAUCCUAAUUUUACCAUAAAAAAGCCGACAUUUAAAAAUUUAAAUAUUUGUCCAUUUUCUGCACACACGCGCAAUUGGUAUUUUUGUCACCAGCGUGACUGAGAGUGAACUAAAAUUUAUCAUUUGGCGGAAUCGAACGUCUGAUCUUCCAGACAGACCACAGAGAACUCGAGGGCGAAUCAGGUCAUAUCAUGAUAUUCAAAUAUUGUUGAGAAGUAAAUAGAUGCAGACAAGCACUGAAAAUAAAGCAAUAAGGAUUGAUAUUUUACCACAUUGCGUAGUCAGGAUUUGUUGACGGUAAUUCGUACCUGAUUUCACGCGUCGUUUAUUUUCAGCUUAAUUAAGGGCCUCAUAUGAUACCCACAGAAUUUUCAAGCGUUGCAUCAUACUGACCACAAACUACUUAUACAAGUAUUCGAUAAUUUUUUCAUUCUAUAAAAGUUACGAUUAGCUAAAAAAUGAUGUAGAUAAAUUUGGUUGAAGACGUGCAUAGGCAAUAGAAAGAAUCCGCUAAGUGAUCGAGGGUCAAAUUAAAUCGUCUGUUUCCAAGUCCACCACCAUCGACUCGUGAUAUUGAUAUAAGAGGAUCGUUGCAAAAUGACGGUAACUGGUGUCAUUGUUUCCAAUUUUUUUUUACUCUAGAGAAGUCACGACUAGCUUAAAGAUAACUGAUGUAGAUAAAUUUGGUUAAAGAUUUAUAUAGGCACUAGAAAGAAUCCAUGAAGUGAUCGAGGGUCAAAUUAAACCUUCUGUUUCCAAGUCCACGAGCAUCGACUCGUGAUAUUGAUAUGAGAGGAUCGUUGCAAAAUGAUGGUAGCUGGUGUCAUUGUACUGUUUACAAUUUUUUUAUUCUAGAAAAGUCAUGAUGAACUUAAAAAUGAUUUAGAUAAAUUUGGUUGAAGACGUGCAUAGGCAAUAGAAAUAAUCCAUUAAGUGAUUAAGGGUCGAAUAUAAUUUCAUAUUCCCAAGUCCACGACCAUCGUCUCAUGAUAUUGAUAUGAGAGGAUCGUUUCAAAAUGAUGGUAGCUGGAGUCAAUUGUUUACUUGAAUCAUGGGCUCAUCCUAGGAAAUGAUGCGAAAAGGCUUUUGAUGACGAGUUGUACAAAUCGUUCUUCCUAAACACAACGUGACCAGAGCUCUUGUUGAAUCUUUACAUCUCGUUUGAAAUAUUUAUUAGACGUGAAAACGAAAAAAAUCCCUAUGAGAACCAUCCAUGUUAAGUUUAUUUCAUCUUAUUGUAGAUCUGAUACAACCGGUUACAAAUUCAAGUUCUCCUUUUUCCUCAUUAUAUACAUUUUCGCGUCCAAUUUUUGCAUAUACUGUUAACGCAAAUUAAGCAUGCAAAGCUACAUAAAAAAAAAACACUCUCCACUCUUCUAAAAGGCGAUCGAUAUUGACAUUAAUUGUAAUGUGAGAUAUUUCCCAUAGCAUAAAUGAACAUGUCCUCAGAUAUCUGAAAACUGAUGGAGCUUAUCUUAUCGGUAUUGAGACGGGUGGAAAUUAUUCAAUUUAUUUAUAUUUGUAUGACUGAGAUGUAAUCCUCUCUCGAGCUGUUAUAUGCACCCCCCGCCUUACAAACUUUUUUUAAGAAGAUAGGGGACGGUUAUACAGCUGCUGAUUCAAACUUCCUGUGUCGCUGAAUAUUUAGUAGUUCUCAUUAUCACCCGGCGAUCUCGAGAAAGCUCUUUUAUGAUGAGUCAUUAUUGUUUUCUGUUUAUUAUCGAUGUUGUAAAACGAAAUCUAAAAUUCAACAUCUUGAAUCCAACACCGCCAAAGGAGACUAAAAACUAAUCAAAUUUCACAUUUUCAUAUCAAUGGUUAACACCACUUUUAACUAAUUUUCCCUCAAUGAAAAUGCCUAAAAUACAUAUACAGGUAAACAGUUCAAAGUUUUUUAAUUUCGAUUACAUUUAAAGACACUUCAUGCAUCACGAAAUUAGCAGGCUUCUAUCAGCCGGUUUAAGGGAUUCAUUUCGUCUUUGAAACACGCAUUGCUUUGCAACAAAUAUUUACUUAAACUGUACAAAACCGACGGAAAUUGUUGUUUACUUUAUGCUCUCUAUGAUUUGUCUUUUUUUUCGAAAAAGUCUUUUUAAAGAGUUGACAGGGAUUUAAAAGAAGAAAACAUACAAAUUACUAUUUACAUUAUGCUCCCGAUUAGUUGUUGGUUUUUUUUCUCACAACAAAACAUACCUAUUCUCAACUGUUUAUUUUGACUCGAAUUUUUAAUCCGAAUUUAUGCUUUAAAAAUUUGGCUUUCGUUCGCUUUCUUUGCCAUCGAAAACGGUUUUGAAUUUAGUUUUUAUGUCCUCGUUUCAUGUGACGUUUGAAAACGGAUUUUAAAUUUUAUUUUUGUCAUAAAUAACUUUCCAUUAAAACUUGGAUUAAAAUCGCCUUAUGGUGCCAGAGAUAUUUCAAAGACGCCAUGCAAAGUCAAAGCGUAAAGUGAGGUUUUAUGGAACAAAAAAAAACCUAGUGAGACUUAAUACAACAAAUAACUUUUCUGAUAGUCUCCUUCAUGGCUUGUUUGACUUCUCUGAUCUUCCAGCAGUAAAGAAUCGGGUUCAGAGCUGGGUUAAACAGCACAUAUGGGAUUGAUACACAAAAAUGCGCUAUUCCAGUGGCCACACCAGUUAGUUUUCUGUGUGUGAAUAGCAUACUACCAACAGUAAAGGGAACAAAACACAGAAGUAAAGCCAACUGUACCCAUGCUAUACUAGAAACCGACUUCUUAUAUCUUUCCAUAUUCAGUCGACCUUCUCCUCCGUUUGAUGAUGGUUCUUUAUGGAUCUCACGUUCUUUUGCGUGUAACUGAACCUGUUUAUUAUGUAGGUAAAGAUAGAUCUUCGUGUACGAGCAGAUGGAAAUUAUUAGGGACAGAAGCAUCAAAACAAACAGCGUGAACUUGGCAGCUUCAGCGCCCCAAUUGCUGUACCUCCAGCCACCCAUUGCACAACUCAGUAACCAAAUACAGGUAAUCGCCGCUCGCACGCGCCUUAGAGUAACAACUUGUUUGUAUCUCAGCCCCAAAAGCAGCGCCAGAAGCCUGUCCACACUGAUUGCUGUUGACAUCAAAAUAGAUACGGAGCACAAAAUUGAGCCAGAAAUACCAGUUACUUGGAUGCUGUAGUAAACAAGAUUCUUGUGGCUUAUCCCAGGAAUAAGAGUUAUUGAGUAUAUCGGUUGUAUGAUGAGACCAACGAAAAGAUCAGUGAUCGCCAAACUUCGGAAAAAAAGUUUUGUUGGAGGAUAAAUAGACGUUACUUUACGCAAAGCGAUGAGUAGAAGGGCAUUACCCAGAGUUCCGAUGAUGGCGAGAACUAUGUUAAGUACUGCGAGAAAAACAGAUAAACCAUCCGGAGCACUGCGUAUGAAGUGUAACACUUCUGUGUUGACUGUAUUAGCUUCAUCCUUGGCUGUGAUGUUGGCCAUGCGAUGUGUUCUCGACUAAUCUCAGCUCAGAGUCGUUGUUGAUGAUUUUUCUUCAGCAUCACAGAGACGAAACAUGAACUGAAAAGAACUAAUCGAAGACCUUUUUCGCUUCGAGUCGUAAAUACAAAUAUCGCGUCAAACCAUUAUUUAAGUAAUGAUUUGUUUGACGGGAACCAAAGAGACAGAAACCAGCAGAGAACAAGGGUGUCAAACGAGAGUCGCAAAACGACAAAAUAGUGACGUUUAGCAUCCUUUAUUUAAAGAUGAACAAUGCCCUGACGAAGUUCUUAAAUACCUUAAAGGGCAUCAAACUGUCAAUCCCGGUCCGGUCAAUUACAACGCAGCACGACGAACAGUUUGACAGAUUUGAAAUAUCUGUCGGUGAUCUACAAAGGCGGAGUAUUGGUAGAGCAUUUUUGAGAUGGAACAUCUGUUUGAGUGCACUUCUUAAUUUGGUAUUGAUAGCCAUUCCUUAUAAAAUUGUGCUGAAUGUGUUGGUUGAGUGAUAUAGUGCAAUUCGAUAUUGACUUUUUCGCGUAAAAAAAAAUAAAAAAGAAAGAACACUAGUUAUUCUUAACGAAACAAAAGGGAUAGUAGUCAAAAAAUGUUCUUCAAAAGAAGUCAAUUUCGGGUAUCGUUUGAGAUUCAGGCUGUAACGAAAAUCUUCGCUUUUGGCUCUUGGCUUUUCCAGUUCACAUGUGGUAGUGUCUUCCAAUUUUUUUUUGUUUUUUUUUCGCAAUCUUAAGUAUAAAUUCAAUUGAGAAAAAGCGGAAACCUUUAUCGUUCGGGUGACAACUGGUAACAACCUGAGGCCUAUUUUACCUCCAUUUUAGACUGAGAAAUGGCUCGAUUUCUUUGCAAUUUCGAUUUUUCCGCAUUUGAUUCCCAGCUGUAAUGUCUGGUAGAGAAAAACAAAAAAGGGAAUGGUAUUACCAUAAGUUAUCGAACCAACGACCAUCUUGCUCCAAUAUGGGAACUUCAAUGUGACGUCACUUUCCGUAAGUGGCACAUUCGUUUAUCGAGUAAACACAAUAACUUGUUUUCAAUGUGGUGCGAUAAGAUAACACUACUUUGUCACAUUAAGGGCACCUCGAAGUUCAAAAUUAUUCACAAUCGUAUGAUAGUGGUUCAUUCGUUUUAAAUCAAUAGGGAAUAAGUGGCGGGGGGGCAGUAGAACACAAGUGUAUUAGAAGGUGAUUGAAACAUCGAAUCUCCCUUUUUUCCAUGUCGCUAAAGUCAUAUCCUCUUUGUUUGCAGUCCGGAGGUCACGUGGCGUGAUAUGCAGCACCUGAUUGCUUAUUCGUCCAACCAUGAUUUGCCUCGUUCUGAUGACUGGAUGCAAAAUGCUGCUGGGCUCUGGGGUGAGAUCAUCAUUUUACCAAAAAGACUGAAGUUGAAAAAAACGUACCGUGAGGAGAAUCAGAUUUAUGAUCGUUUUCACCCCCGAGUCCCUUGUGAAACUAAGAAUCUCAUACCCUUAAUUUACAAUUUUGCAGUCGGAUGCUUCUCCAACUGAGCUACAGAAAACUCUUUGUUUAACCAAUUAUAUAGUAUUUAACGUUCGCCCAGAAGAGUUAGGAUAAAUCAUAUGCUCAUUAUCGUUUACAGUUAGUAGUUACUUUGGAUUUGGACUCAUGGAUGCAGCGGCUUUGGUAAACUAUUCCAGGGCUUGGCAUACAGUGCCAGAACAGAUCAAAUGCGAGAUUCCUCGGCCCAGACUGAACAGGUAAUAAUGAAUUUUACCGAGAAUUUUGCCAUGAUUGCACCUCUACCUUUAUUAGGUUGAGCAUACUGAAAAAGACUGGCUUUGCUAGCGGACAAGGUGAAGGGUGCUGUAGAUUAUUUUAGGACCUCCCUAAUCGAGCAAUCUUUUGAUUUUUGUACUUUUUUUUCGGUUGAAAAGCUCAAAUGAAAGUUCCACUUGUCUUUUCGAAGAUUGUGCACAAUCAAGUUAAAAAAAGCUAAAGCACAUGAAGCAAAGAAAUCUGUCGGGCUUCAUAGCCAUAUCCCGGUUAUAAAAUCAAAGGCUAUUAUGAAUUAAGGUGUGAAACUUGUCACAGUAACUGAUGCUUCUAUUUUGCAGAUUUUUGGGGCAGUAUGGCGACACGGAAGUGACUCUGAACGUGUCCAAAUAUAGCUGUGGUGGCGAGAACACCAUCCAGUACUUGGAACACGUGGUCGUUAUUAUCCAGGCCAGGUUUGACAGGCGUGGUUAUCUUGAAGGGAAUUUGACCUCGCCUCGAGGGACCACAUCUCAGAUCCUUCCCUAUCGUGCAAAUGACGUAAUCGCGACAGAUUUCAAUAACUGGCCGAUGCUCAGUCUGCAGUUUUGGGGAGAAAAUCCUGAAGGGGCUUGGAAUCUAAGAUUUAGGAACCAUUUUCCAGCCCACGGAUUUUCAGGUAAGAGGGCUUUACUGAUUCCUUAGCACAAUUGCAGGAAACAUCACAACAAAUUUUUGACAGCCACUUCAACAUCGCGAUGUUGUGGUGAAUGGAGCUAAAUACCGAACCUUGGUAUUACGACCCCCCUACCCCCCUACCCCCCCCCUCUCUCUGUGAACGCUGCACAGAAGCGGAAGGUUAUGACAGUUUUUGCUACGUGAACUACACGUCUUGGAUAAGCUGCUAAUCUAUUUAAGAUUACUCUAUUGCUUUUUCCUUUUUUUACAUUUUUCAGGUUAUUUGUUUAAUUGGACCCUUGUUCUUUACGGAACAGCUAGUGAUCCGUUGGAAAAGUAUCCUCAUGUAUCAAGACCUUUCACCACGAGGAUAAGUGAGUAGAUGCCCAUAUACCGUACACAUUAUUCCCAAAACGUUGGCCUAAGAGUUUUACGACUUGAGUCAUCAAUGGAAAAAUUACAAAGAGUUAUUUUUGGUGACUGCUAGAGUGAUCCAUCUUUCGAUGACAAGUCUCAAAUCGCUUUACAAACAGCAAACGCAUUCACUGAUUUUCUUAGCGUAUUUUUGAACAGAUAGGGUGCCUGUUCCCCAUCUCUUUCUCUCGUCAUUUGAAUUAGAAGGAGCUACGUGAGUUUUUUUUAUUUCAAAAUUUGCUCGAAAUUUUUUCCAAGAGUGUCAUUUUAAAUCCGUUUUAAUCUUGGCUAUCCGAACUAUCCUUGUUUCUUUUUGGUUUAUUCUCACAUCUUCAAUGUUUUUCUUUCCUUGCAAACUGAUCAUUAUUUUUACGAUGAGUGGCAAAAGUAAUCGGCACGCCUCCUCUAACUGGUUGGUUGACCACCCUGCUCUCAACAUAUUAAACGAAAUUAUUUUAAUUUUUCUACAAUAAGUUACAUGAAAGUCCUCUUCCCCCUUCCUCCCAAACAAUGUUGCCUAAAAUUAGUGAGAAUUUUGUUGAGAUCAGGCAUGAAAUAGGAGAGAGGGUGAGAAAAAUGAAAGUUAUAGAAAAAAUCAUUAAGUAGUAGAGCGUGCUGAGAAUCUUGCCGCUCAUUGUAAUUCUAUUCGAAUAUCGUCGCAUAAAUUCUUUGUUACCUUAUAUUAUCUCAAAAGGAGUCCUCUCCUCAAAAAUAGCGAUUCUUUUCCUUCUUGUGGAAAUGAUUUCUCCAUCCGCAAACCCUUUUUUAAUUAAAUUUUUACUCAAUUGUUUUGAGGAAAUAAAAAGCUUUCUCCUUAAGUGUUUGGACCAUAAUGUCUGGAGGGAUUUUUAAUUGGAGAAACUAAUAUUAUUUUGCGAGUGAAGUUAAAGUUUACUUUUUUUUUCCUUGAUGUUUAGGGAUUAAGGUAACAUGCUUUUAAUUGAUAUUUUUAUCCCCUACACAUGUUAGCAGACGUGACCACAAGUACAGAAGCCAUGCCGGGUACUGUUGCUCCUGUUGCUCGCCAUGAAGGUGAACAUGUCAGCUUUAUUUUUUAUUGUUUCUCCAGCGUAACAGAGACACAUCGUUUGACCCGUGUUAUUAUUGGCACUGCCUCUAACAAAAUUGCCUGACCCCCGCCAUUACCUUGUGCAUAACAUCAAUGACCGAUUAUGAAACAACAAAAUUAUGUGCUAUAUUAAAGUUCGCAGGCAACCAGGUGGACAAUCAGACAUGGUUUGAUGCUACUCUGGUUAAAAGAUUUAAUGAUUGUAACCGAGAAGUUACAAUUCAUAGACCUAACGUUUCGACACUCCUGUCUAGUGCCUUCAUCAGGGGUGGAAACUCUUCGUCAGGGGUGGAAGCCCGUAAUGAAGGCACUAGACAGAAGUGUCGAAACGUUGGGUCCCUGAAUUGUAACUUCUCGAUUACAAUCAUUAAAUCUUUAAAUCAGAGUAGCAUCAAACCAUGUCUAAUAAUUAUGUUUGUUUCGGUAAAAUGUUACUGACGAGAACACUUUUUGACGCCUAUUAUUCGAGAAGUGAAUUUCAGUCAGGAAUUAUCCUGGAAAUAUCUCCCAGUUUACGCCUGCUGCAAAUUCCCGGACUUUCCAGACAGAAUAGAUAAAAGUAUCCUACUACACACACUCUUUACAACCGUGACCCGAAUAAAGUCAAUCUAGUCAAUGGUUUCUUGGGCAUCGUGUCAUCCUCGUGCUUAACCAAAGUUUUGUUGUGUUACAGGCUUGUCUAAGACAGAAAUAGCUUUGAUCAGCAGCGCCGCCGUUCUUGCUUUGAUUAUUGUUAUUUUAGCUCUGGCUUAUUGUAAGUUUGGAGUUUGCCGACGAAAAUCAGGGGCCGAUGAACCAUCCAACCAUAUAAAAUUUUCAGCAUUAAGUCGCACUUCGACAGAAGCUGCAAGGAAAGAAUCUAGUGUUUAACUGAACGAAGCAGGCAAGUUAUCUCCACGUUCGGUAACUGUUCCUACUCUUCACAGUACGUAGAGGAAGGAAUGGCACAAAGACAAAACGUUUGUAAACCGAUCUCUCAGUGAUACUCUUGAGGAUGAGUUAGGUCUUGAGAAGAUUUGGUAAUGAAUCAGAAGGAAAAUGGGUUUCCGAAGUGAAUAUUGGUGGUCUAGUUAUGAGAGGAAUGAGGUCAUUAUUAUAAUGCAUAGCGACAAAUGUUAGUUAUAAAAAGAAAAUUAAAUGAGGAAAUAUUUAAUGAUGUUACAGUUGUGAUUUAGCGUCUAGGAGAAGCUGGUGAGGAGAGAUAUUCGAUAGAUAGAUAUCUUUAUUUACCCACGGACAAUUCAUCAGCUAUAAAAACAUUCAAACAUAUAAACAUGCAUUAAAUGGAUAAGAUACCAUAAAAACUAUACUUAAAGCACAAACCCAACUAAAGCUGCCUUCCACGAAUGCCGUGCCUGAACGUACUUCUUUAAUUAAAUGCUUAAAUAACCCAAGGGACUCUGCUUGUCUUAUGUCACGAGGAAGUCUGAGUCUGUUCCAAAGAAUGGAGCCACUAUAGCUAAAGCUAUUUUUGUAAUAGUUUAUGCGCGGCAAAGGAACAUUAAGCUUAUUCUCAGAGUCUCUUAGGUUAU